AUGCGUAACUUGGCGGCUGGGAAGGUGCCAGAUGAAUUUUUAAAAAAUUUGUGGAUGCAACGACUACCACUUGAUAUACGGAGCAUUUUAUCUGUAAGCAGUGAUGAUUUGUCCAAAUUGUCUACAAUGGCUCACAAAAUAUGGGAAUUAAAUCCCAAUUCAUCCAGAGAAGAAUUCUGGAUCAUUGGUGCAAGACGCCGAAUUAGAUCGGUGGUGAAACAGUGCGUCCGUUGUAAACGAUUUUCAGCAAAACCUCCAACUACUGCACCCAUUCAAUUACCAUUAGACAGAGUUCGAGAUGCUUUCGCAUUUGAAGUUACCGGCAUAGAUUUAUGUGGCCCUCUGAUUCUCAAAAAUAAAAACAAAACCUGGCCAGAAGAGGUCGGCCAUCUACAGUUUAUUCAGACAACGGCACAAAAUUUCGUCGGUACAUCUGCAUUGCUGAAAAAGGUUGACUGGGUAAAGGUAAUUGCUCAGGAAACUUUGCAUCCCAUCACUUGGAAGUUCAUUCCGCCCACUGCUGCUUGGUGGGGCGGAUGGUGGGAGCGUCUAAUCCGCACAGCCAAGAAUUUGAUUGUGAGAGUCUUAGGACAAGCUGCAGUCAAUUACGAAGAGUUACUCACCGUCAUCUGUGAUGUGGAAGCCGUAAUAAACUGUCGACCACUUACUUAUGUGUCAAAUGACUCUGAGGAUCUUCUACCAUUAACGCCUUCCAUGUUCUUACAGGACAUUAAGGUUUCAGGUACAGCAGAUUUGGAUGCUUUAGAUCGAAAUAAACUCUUGGCUCGUCAGCGUUUCUGCCAGGAACUUCGAGAACAAUUUCGUAGCCGUUUCCGCAAGGAGUACCUUGGACAGUUAGUACAAAAGCAUGGACAGACGGACUGUGAAUUAAAAGUUGGAGACAUCGUGCUAAUAGGUU